UGCUACGGCGAAGGGAGAUGUGUAUAUAUUUGUAAGGUGGACACCGUGUAGAGUUAUUUCUUGUUCGGAAUGACUCCUGUCGUCAUGUUUUCAGUUCACUUAUUAGUGUGGUUGUAUGUUUGCCGCUAAGAUUGUUUUAGUUUUUGAAACAUGCAUCAUUCCGCGAUUUAUUUAAUGUAAAGAAAUGUGACCAAGUUGAUUGUUUAUGAUAUUUCGUUUUUGUGGACAGAGAACUGUUUUUUACUUUCGUUGCUGUUUUAAAUGUUUAUAAUUACAUGAAAGUAUAUCAUAAAUAUAAUUUAUUACAUUUUUACUAAAAUGGCCCCAAACUUUGUAUGUAUUGCUCCUCAUCCUACUAUGAAGGCGCGAGGUUGGAAAAUAAAUUGUAGAGGAUUACAGUGUUUAGGUUCUUGAUUGAAAGCAUUUGAUGUAAAAACUGUAAUUGCCAAAGAAUUAUCUGUGAUAUGGAGCCCCACCAUAGUAGACCUUCUCGUUUAGAGAAGCAAGAAGAAUUUGAAGUUGAGGAGGAAGGUCAAGGCUUUAUGCUUCUUUCUCCUGUUACUAUCCAAAUUGAGGAUAGAGGAGGUAAUCAAGGAGAUGAAGAUCAAGAUGACAAAAACAAAGAUAGCCCAUAUGCAUGUGAUGCUGAUGAUGAUAGUAGCAGCCCUAGUGGAAAAGCAAGUAAUCCUGAUCUUUCUCCUGAUACCAUGGACAGAUUGACUGAAAAUAAGCCUGAACGAAGAAAAACAUCCAGUCGUGUGAAAUUAUUAGUCAGAAGCCAUGCUGUUCAUGAUGAUGCAUCUCCUCCACCUGAUCUUGAAACUGUUAUUGCAAAUACAAAUAUGUUAAGUGUUACUAAUGCAUCAUCUUUUACAACUCAGACACAAUCUAAAGGAGCUACUAAUAAAAUUCGAUUAGGAAAUCAAAGCAGUUCUCAAGGAAGUACUGAAAGCUCAUCUGCUUCUGGUUUAUCAAGAGAUUCAAGUACUGAAACUUAUACAGAUUCUUCUGGUAUUGAUUUACAACAAUUUAUUGUUGAUACUCUUCAUAAAAAUCAAAAAGACCGCCUGAUGUUGUUGAAAGUGGAACAAGAUUUAACAUCUUUAAUAAAGGAUAACAAGAGACAGUCAAUGAAAUUUCCACAAAUGAGUUCAUAUAACAGAAUGCUUGUUCAUAGAGUUGCUGCUUUCUUUGGUUUAGAUCAUUAUGUGGAUGGGAAUGGAACAUCUGUUAUUGUGAAUAAAACAAAAACUACUCGAAUACCUGACUCCCGUUUCCAAGAUUUUAUUAGAGAUGAGCUAUUGCCAGAAGAACCGAAGAAAUCUAUUUUAAAACGUGACAGCAUAUCAUUUGAAGAAGGGAAAGAGCAGAAGAGCCCUGAAAGGCAGUCUUCCACAGAUAGUAGGCGUAGUAAGUCAUUUGAAGAACGAGAAGAAGAAUAUGAAAAAGCAAGAGCAAGAAUCUUCAAUCAGGAUGAAGGCCUUGGUGAAUCUCCACUUAAUCGUAGUCAAGAAGGGACUCAUUGUUCUAGUCGUCGUAGUAGCCAGGAAGAUGUCAGGUGGCCCAGCAGUGAAACUAGACCUUGGAGUAGUACAGAUUCUGAUAGUUCUGGACGUCCAUUGGGUUCAAAGCUUAGUAGUAGCUUUGAAACUGAUACUCCUGCCCUAAGUAAUAAAGCAACACGAACCUUUGGUGGGUCUUUAAAAGCUGACGAAAAUAAAGCUUCAUUGGCACCCACUAAAUCAACACGUCCAGUUAUGACUAAAGCUAGUAGUUUUGGAGGGAUUUCAGUUUUAUCUAGAGAAAACUCCGCUGGUCGAAAUAUCACACCACGAAUAACUAAAGCAGAAUCAUUCAAUGUAACCACAAUUUCAAGCAGUCCAGUUCCCAGAAUUAAUGAUGCACCAUUUGAUUCUCAAGAAGAUGCCUCGGAAACUUCUGAGAGUCCAGUUGAUUCAGUUUCUUGUACUACCGUAACCCUUCAAGGUGCUACAUGCCAAUUUUCUUCAGUUAUCAUUAGUUCUGAUCAAACAUUCCCUGUAGUUUCUGGUCAGCCUUGUGAAAUUCAAGUUCCUUAUAUCCAGGCUUUACAGGAUGCUGGUAACCAAACAGCAACCUGGCAAUCGGGAAAUAAAGAUGUUUCUAAAGAUUUUAUUUCUGCACCUGCUGUAGAGCAACCACUCACAUGGCCAUAUUCAACAGGAACUGACAUUUUAUUUCCUGGUGUUUUUAUAAACCCACAAGCAGGGUAUUCAAGAGUGGCAUUUUCUACUGGCCAACCUUUAUCAGUUUCUACUGCUGAUCAAGUGCCAACUACAAUUGGCCAUAUAACAUCAGGAACGGCUCCUUCCUCAUCAACUCAAUCUUUACAGCGUCCACAGACAUCUUCAUUGCAGUCGCAAGUACAGCAGCCUCAUACAACUGUAAAUACUUCAUCACCAACUAUAUUUUACGUACCAUAUAUAUCUCAAGUUCCAUCUUCUGUUUCUCAUCCAUCGUCUCUUGCCCCUGUACAAAGUAUACGACCUCAAGCACAGUCAGCUCCCUUCAUAACUGAACCAAGACCCCUUGUUUUGUUCCCUGUUUGUUACCUGCAGCAUAACUCAAAUAUUCAACCUGUCCGCCAUGCCUUUCAAACAAGUACUUCUCCGAGUUCACAGUGUCCAUCCCAAAGUUCUAGGUUACAUGUAACAAAUGUUGAAGUUAAAAACCAUGCAUCUACAGUUACAUCUCAUUUGUUAAGCCCUCAGUAUAUGUCCUGUUUUCCUGCCUUAGCUUGUACUCAGAGUGGAGACACCAAUACUCUAGUUACUACAGCAUCAGCUACAGUCUUUCCUUUUGGUAAUGUAAAUGUUGGAAACACUGGAAAUAUUGGUCAUACUAUUCUUAAAACAUCAUUUACUAGUCAACCUUCACAGCCUUCUGUCUGCAUUCAACAGUCUUUCAUGCAAUUGCAGACAGCAUCUGUUACCCUGCCUCCAGUUUAUGUGUCCAUCACUAGUAGCACACAAUCACCCGCUACUCGAACGCAUGCAGGUGGACAUGUAGCGGCACAAUUUUCAUCGUCACGUUCUCAAUCACUCCCAGUAUCAUCAAGUUCAGGUUCACUUAAUAAUUCUUUAAACUCUGGGACUCCAUUUUUAGGGUAUACUGUGUAUGCACCACCUAUGCAAAGCAUACCAUCAGCAUCACCACUGACAACAAUAACUAUCAAUCAAAAUACUGCUUCAGCUCAACCGUCUCAAUUUGCCCCUGCAUAUGUGUCUGCAUUUCAGGUUUUGCCACCAAAUGUGCCACUGGUAGCAAAUAUUGGAAGCAAUGCUCCCCCAUUGUGUAGUGUUAUAAGGACUCAAUAUCCUACUCCUAUCUCCUCUGUUAGUAAGGUGCCUUUGAGUUUCCCUCUGGUGAAGCAGACAAGUGAUCCUGGUAUAGGAGAGCGUGUAACCCUCGCAAAUGCUGUACCAAAAAUAUUUGAAUGGAUCAGAUUUCGUGGAUCUUCUGGUAUAAAUGAUUUAUGUCUGGUUGGUCCUCCUAUGCAACAACAUCUUGGGCCAUUGCUAUUACCUCAGCCGCCAUCAAUAGCAAGGUUUCCACGUGCUUCCAUUUCACACCAUUCUCCCAGUCGUCCUCCAAAAACUAGAAAGCAUCGUUCCAAAGCAAGUACUUUAAGUUCUACCACACUUGCAUCGCAGUCUAUCUUUGAGGGAGAAGGCAAACGUGUUCUAAAAGUUGAAGGUUUGCCUGCUGAUAUGAAGCGGUGUGAUGUAGAACAUUAUCUAGAAUCGGUGACUGAUAUCGGAGCAAAGAUUUAUUUCUUAAGUGCAGAAAGCUUAAAAAUAAUAGACGAAACAACUGAUUUUAUUGUUUCUUGUAGCAAACAUAUAGUCCUUGCUGUAUUUGAUACUGAUACAGCAGCACAAAACGCUCUUCUUAGUAUAAAAACAACUAAAUUUCAGCUACGUCACUGGCAUUGUUCACAAGAUUGUAAAAAUGUGAAAAAAAAUUAGUUUAUUCAACUUAUUUGUAAAGAAGUAAUGAGAGACUAUUUUUUUAUAACGCAAAACGCAUAACAAAACAAUAGGUGAUAUAUAAUAUUAUAUGAAAGAAUAUAUAAUUAUAGGUUUAUGUAUGUGAUUUUAAAGAAAGAAAUUUUAACACUUUCACGAAGUCUUAUUAUAAUGGUUUUUAUUGUUUUUAUUUCAUACAUGCUGUUUAAAGACAGCUUUGGCUAAUUUGUUUUUCUUUUAAAUUAUAUCUGCUAUGAAAAUAGUUUUCUUUCUACGAGCAAAAAAUUUACAUCGUAAAUUUUCAAUUUUAGCGUUUUAAGCGAAAUUUAAAUUUGCUGCUUAAAGAAGUUAUGUCAGUAUUGUUAUCUUAUUAAUCUUGGUGCAUUUCAACACACAUCUGAACAUAUCUAAAAUGUGUGUGGUGCUUUUUUCCUGUCAAUAGUAACUGCAUUUUUUUUUUUUAUGAAUUACUCUUUUUUAGUGCCAUCCCAUUACACACACACACACACACACACACACACACAUAUAGAGAGAGAGAUACUAUAUUUGUAGGUAUAGAUGAUGAAUGUGCAUAUGUGUGAUCAGGUACAAUUCAAGAGCAUUAGCAUUUAAUUACAUAUGCAUUUUAAUCUUAUUACACAGAGUUAGCAUAAAUGAAUGACCAGAUAUUAAGCAUUUAUAUUUUCAAAACUAUUACAUAUAAUCGGGAUACAUAAAAAUAAAAGGUUUCAUAUCAGGGUGUGUUUUUUUUCUUCCCUGGUUUCAAAUGCCCAAUGCAUGAAAGUUCCUUGACUGUUUUCAGAUAUGGGAGUGGUGGGUGGGUUAUGAACAAGAUCUUUUGUAUAACCUCAUAAAAAGAAAUAACACUUGGUAAGAUUCCGGGAUAUCGGUGGCCAUAUGAUGAAGGGCAAAUAAGUGUUAUCUGCAUGCUCAAUCCAGCAUUGCGGAAACUACUAAUUUAGGUAGGCUACGGACCUCUAGACACAAAGGAGCUCCAUCUUUGUUGGAAGAUAAAAAUUCGUACUAUCCUUCUUUAAUUGUUGAAAUGACCAUAUUUCCUACAUGUUCAGACAAUUGCUACCUGUUGAGCGAUGAUAAAACAAUAUGUCGGACGUUUUACUUUCUUUUCAGAUGUCGCUUUUUCUAUUAUGUGUAUUAAAUUUGAAAAUAUAAAUUUUCAUAAUCCACACUUUCUUUUAUGCUAACUUUGUAUAAUUAUUAGAAUCUAACUUAUUUAUUUUGAAACGUCAAUUUUUGUAUAAGGAUAUUCCAAUUGCUUGCAUAUCAAAUAUCAUACAUUGAAGCAGGACUUCUUAAAACCAGGUUACAAUUCCCAUAUAGGGUCGCGAAAAUUUUCCUGUCCCUACUGUUUUUUUAUGAUGGUUAAUGUUUUUAAGGAAAAAUAGUUAACAAAAUCAUCGUUAAAAUAUAAUUAAUAAGCUUUUUGUCAUUACAUAAGAUUCAAUUUUCCUUCUAUGGGAUUAUGAAAAUUUGUCAUGUUCAAGCAGGAAUCGCAUCAGAAAAGUAUAAGAAGUUUUGCAAUAAAGAUAUAAAAACAAGUACAUUAAUUGGAGACAUUUCAUGAAAGUGUGAAUCGUAAAUUAACUAUCUUCUCAUUUAAUCCCGUUAAUUUUUUUUUAUCUUAUCUGUAUUUCCAACAGAUUUGGGCACUUUAUCUGAUUACUAUCGAAUACCAUACUACUAGGUUGCAGAUUAAACAUUUUUAAGAGUUUUAAAAUUAAUGAGCAUCUCCUGUAUGGAAAAUUGUAAUUUUAAUUUCAGGUUUGACCCAUUUUCUGCCAAUUAAGGAAAAGAAUCAUUGUGUUCAUUCCUAUAGUCUGUCCAGUGAAUCUAGAUAGAUGUUGUUAACAUUUCGUUGAAAUAUAUUCUAUGCAUUUUUAAGUUCUCGACUUUCAAAAGUUAUUUUCACAUUGUACUAAUAGUGAUAAACAUCCAAAAGGAAAACUAAAUAUUUAAAUGUAUAAAUUUAUCUGUUUUAUAUAUAUAUAUAUAUAUUUUAUUUAUUUAAAAUGCUUCCAAUGAAAGUGAGAUUCUCAUGCACGGAUUCGGUGUCAUAAUUUUUAUAUGCAUAGCCUUUCAGAAGUUUUGAUUACUGGAAUAGGGGGAAACAGAAAUUCUUUGGAACUAAAAAUAUAUUUUCUGGUGGUGAAUUUUGUGGACUUCCAAUUGAAAUAGUGUGUGGUAUUUUUCUUCAUAGAUACAACCAAUUAAUUUGUGUGCAUGGCAGCUUUUUUCACUAAAGCAAAAGCAAUAUGCAUAAGAAUCGAAUUACUAAAUAAGUCAAAUCUAGCAAUACAUAUAUAAUCUUAUUUUUGUAUGUAUGCAUAUGAAAAUCGUUCCUAAGGACAAGAGUAAAACUAUUUUUCCAUUAUUAAUAUGGCGACUUUGCUAGUUGUUAAUGGUUAGAUUAAUAAUUUGAUGGAAAUCUUCACUUGCAGUUUGGACGUUAUUUUACUUGAAUCAUAAUAUGACGGUGAGGGAAAAUUCCGUAACUACUCGGAUUUGCUUAUGGUAGGUCUAAAGCAUGAGUUUUAUAAUAUUUAUAUAAUUACCCAUCUAAAGAUUGUUGAUGCGUAUUUAAAAUUUGAUAAAUGUUUUGAUGCACUAUCUCAUUCCCUGCAUAGACUAUAGACAUUCAAUUGAUUUUUGCAAGUUAGUGAAUAAAAUAUGAUUCUAAAGUAAAAUUUUAAAAACCCAUGAAACUGAUAUUGUACUACUAUCCUUCUGGUUUUGCAAAAUUUAACUUUAAAAAAUGUAUGCAUCAUUCAUACAAUUUGAGAAUUGAGCCAAAGUAUUUUUUUGGUGGUGCAUCUGCUUAUAACUGCACUUUCUUUUGUACUGAAUUCAUUGUGUGUCUAACAUUUUAACAUUGAGAAUCAAGCUGAUGAUAACAAAAAAUCACUAUUCAUCAUACGGGACUAUUUAAAUAUCAAGCUGUUUUCUUUGUCUUUAUCCCUCACUUUUAGUGAACUGAUGCAAAAAAAGUGCUUUUUCUGUCAUAAAAUCAAAGCAAAUCUGCCACUAAUAUGUUAAAUGAAGCCUACUUUCGAAUAAUAAAAUUUCAAUCGGUUAUAAUUUGUUGCCUCAUUUUAUUGUAUGAGCCAAAAUGGGAAAGUUUUUUUUAUUAUUACACUCUAGAGAGCAUUAGUUGAAAAGCGUUUAGAAAAUAAGUGUUCCUUUUAUGGAACAAUGCACACCAAAUCUCUUUGUUGUAUUUUUGCAUUAAGUGUAGGACUGCCAUUUUGAAAUAUGCUGGUAUUGUAUAAAGCAGGGUGUCUACCAGAUGUCUUUGGGAUAAUUUUUUUUCAAUAUAUAGAGAAAACUAUCCUAUUAUGAUACAGUCUUAUUUCGUUACUCAUUUUCUUAUUUUUUACCUCUAUAACGAAAAUUAUGAAUGAUGCAGUGCUCAUCUUCAAUGCAUUCCAAUUCUGUGAUAGCUAAUACAUGUUUAAAGUGGAGUGGAGUGAUUAAAAUUGAAAUAACUGAAAUUUUCCUUUCUUUAAUUCCUGCUCUUUGUUUUUGUGGUUUGUUUGAAACUUUUUUUUUUUUAACUUUGCUCUUGUGCUCUUUCAGUUUCAUGUGGGAGUGCCUUCUUUUGGAAAAUGUAUAUAUUUACAGGCUAAGAUUUUACUAGGCGAAAACUGUAAGAAACUGUGUGAGUACUCCUCCCCCCCCCCCCUCCAAUAUAUGAUAAAUUUUCACUAUUUUUGCUUUCCCUUUAAAAUUGGUCUAUAAAUUUAUUAUAUUAAAUCUUGUAGUAAUCCAUGCAGACUAAUCAUUGCAGCCAACAUCGCAUAUUUAUUCGACUUUUUUUAUUGUCGGCUACUUUGUAUUGAAGCUUCCAAUGAGAGUUUUUAUUGGAUUGAAUUUCAAUAUACUGUUAUUUUCCCAUUAUGAUUUGCCAGAGUGAUGUGUGGUGACCAAAAUCAAAGUUCCAUUUACUGUGUUAAAUUGAUGAAGAUAAUAUUUUUUUUUUUUCAUAUUUAUCUGCUUCUGAAUCUUUAAUUGUUAUAGUCAAGAAAUCUUAUGAAGUUUGUCGUGCUUGUAUCAUUCUGUAGACACCCUGUUGAGUUGCUUUUCAAUUCUUUCACAAAUUUUAAGCUAAUUCCCUUUUUAAGAAAAUUGGUUUGCCUUUAGUGUGUUUUAGUUCAUUUUAUGUUUUGCAUCAUGAGAACCAGAUGUACAGAAUAGCAUUCGUUGCGAGUUGAGAAGUUUGUGUGGCAUCUGCAAUUAGUAAAAUUUGUGCAAUGAAUCUUGUGAACUGAUAUUUAUGCUGUCCUGUUUCAUAAGUUCUGAAUGCUGUAACAGAAUGGUGUAUUUAUUUAAAAUCUUAAUUUUUUCCACCGUCAUUUUGAUGUGUAAUAUCUUAUUCAAAAAUUUAUAGCCAAAGGCUGGGACUAAAUGAGAUUCAUUAACUACAUACAUUUUAGAUGCUUGAGUGCAAAUAUGUUUUAUAUUGUUUCUUAAAGGUUAUUAAUGAUUUGUGAUUUCCAAUUGCUUUGUAUUGUUCCUUGAUAUUUUCGGCAUACUUUAAACUAAUACAUAAGAACAAUUUAUUAAAUUGAAUCUGUAACAUUACUAUCUAGUCAUAUUUGUAGUUAGCCCAUUAAUUUUAAAAAUCCUAUAAUUUCAAGUUGACUGUUGCUUUUUCAAAUUUUUUAAUAUAGUUGAAAUUAUUUUUAGUUCUAAAAUUAUAAUUGAUUGACUGUGAUCAUAUUUAUUUUGUUUAAAAAGUUUUCAAAUUUAAUUAAAAUUUACUUUUAUAUAUGAGACAAUUUAUGUUAUGUGUGAAUAAUCAAGUUAUCUUUUAAGAAAUUUUCAGAAGUGUUCAUAUAUGAAAAAUUAUUUCAGUUGAUAGUAUUUUUAUAGACACAGAUAAUGUUAUUGCAUGUUGAGUGAUGUUAUUGUACGCAUUGUUGUCAUCUAUUUUUAUUUUGCAUAUUUAACUAAUUGAUUUCCUGUUUAACUCGCUAGAUUGAUCGGAUUUGUUGUUAAUAAAUUAAGAAUUUAAGUUUUCUUCCUUAAAAUUCAAGAUUAAACAUUUAAAUUUGUUGAUGGAGAAGGUGGUAAAGUAAUAUUAAAUAGCAUCAGAUUGGAUUUUGAUACUUGAUUCAUGUCACCAAAAGUAAAUCAUUCAGAAUAGUGAUUUUCUGUAUUGAAUGGUUUUCUUUCAAUCACAACAACGAUUCUUGUUAUCUUGCAACCUUUUUCGUAUGACUAGUUUACUAAAAAAAAUAAAAAUAAAAAAAAAACUGUUUACUUUGGACUAUAAUUUUCAUCUUUCUGAUAUAAAGGCCUUACUAUCCGAAGCAAAUAAAUUGGAUAGAUUAUAAUCCAGAUUAAUAUUAAUGGCCAUUUCUCUCUCCCUAGUUAAUUGCAAUAUUUAAUAGUUAGAUUUAUGCUAGUAAUAAAAUCAUCUAUAGUGACAGGCCAACUGAUUGAGCUCCAUAUGUUGGCAUGUGUUUGCCUGACAAUCAACAUAUAGCAAUGUCAUAUCCAGGUGUUUUGAAUUUUCUGCUUCUUUAAGUAUAGACCUUCAAAGCAGAUUUUGUAGAAGUUAUAUUUUUCAUUGUUUUGAGAAGUUGAACAUUGAUAUAUAACUUUUUGUAAUGCAAGUCAAAUAACUGUAAUUUCAUGAAAUGGGCGAAUAUUUUUGCGUUUGAGGCUUAUAAUCAAUGAUAGCUUUCCUUAACUUCACACAAAUGAGAGCAUAAAAAUUUCAAAGUUGAUGAUUUCAACUACUGAAAAGCAAUUUGAGAUUUUAGUUUUUAUUUAAACAGGUUUGUUGUCUGAUUAAAUGUGUCAUGUUUUGUUUAAUACAAUCAGAUAUUUUGUAUUUUGUCUGCUCAUAAUUGUAAACCUGUUAUGUAUAUUUCAGAUUUGGUUUAAAAGUUGUAUUUUUACAAUUUAAUAUUUUAAAAUCUAUAUGUAUGAGGCAUGAACCGUAAAAAGUUUACUAAAUUUAAUUUUUUUACUUUAAUCAUUAAGUAGUUUUCAAUUUUGAACAAUUCAUAUACUAUAUUAAGCUAAUGGAAUGCUACUAAUCAUGCAUUUAUUUGACAGAAUGUUUGAAAUAUGUUUAAGUGCUUUGAAAGCAUUCCUGGAUUUUCCAGAAAUGUAUUAGGCCAGUAUAUGCACUUCUGUAGUGCGUCGUGUUUAUUUUUUGAUCUUGAAUAAACUAUGGUUGGAAAGCCAUCUCAUUGCACUCAAUAAAAUUAAUUUCUUUGAGUGUAGUAUAUACUUAUCUGAAAUGAGGGCUCAAACAUAUCAAGUUCGUACAAAGUUGUGAAACAAAAAAAUAAAGAAAUUGCCCAACAAUAUUAAGGAAGUGCAUGGUGCAGGUUCAUCAAACUUCUUUAAAAAUCCCAGGUUUUGAAUUAAUUCAUUCUUGAAAAACAAUCCAAUAUUUUCUCUGAAUUUUGUUUUUAGAAUUUUAUACAACUCUUAAAUUUAUUUUUAAUAUCUUUAUAAAACUCAAAUUUGUUAGUAUUUGGGCGAUCUCUAGAUUACUGUAUGAUUUACCAUAAUUUUAUGCUAUUAUUAAUAUUCACACUGUAUCAAUGAAAACUUAUGUGUAAAAUAUUUCUUAUCCUAAACAUUGAUUGGAUUUGUCAUUAUCUUCUAUCUCAGUUACAUUGGGAAGAUUUAACUUUAUUCCUUGAAGAAGUGUUUUAAUUUAAAAGCAUGAUUGUCAGUGACAUUUCACUGGAAAAAAAAUCGAAGUGAAAACAUAUUUGCUUGUUUAUUACCCAUUUCAUGGGUAAUAAAUCUUUUGUUUAUGAAUGUGUUAAUGAAUAAUAUUUGAAACACUGCCAUUGAAAGUGUCUUCUGUGUGUCAUUCAAAUAUUUAAUAACUAUUUUAUAAAUGAUCUAUGCAUUUAAUUUCUGUUAUUCACAUGGAACUUCUGUGAAUUUACUUAAAUGAGCAAUUAUGAUUUCUCUUGCAGAUAUGUAUUUGCAGUCUGUUCUGAUUGUUGUGCCUGUAUGUAUAUGAAAUAUGCCUUAGAGUUUCAUUUUUUUACCUAGUAUGAUAAAAGUAGAUUGCAAAAAUAUUAUUUGCAAUCAGAAUUGUAUAACACUUAAGCCAUCAGAGAAGAAUUGUCCAUUUCCCCACCUCCUGUAAUUUUUGGUGCAGCUUUUACUCUGUAUAAAGAUAUUCUACUAUAGAAGUUAUAGUGAAAUAAAUGCCUUGAAGUUAGAUGCUUAUAACUUAAAAAUUCACAGUUUCCUUAAAUUCCAAAAGGUUUUUCACUUUUUAUCACAAUUUCGUAAGUAUCAGAUUUUGCUAGUAAUAUACCUGGUCUUGCAUUUAUUUUAUGGGUACGUAACAUUAAAUUAUUCAUAAAUAUUAUUCUCCAAAUUAGUAUUCAUAAUUCAGUUUUAUGAAGACGCUUGUAAUUUCUAAGUUUGUGAAUCAACAUAUUGUUUCUUAAUCUUAUAUGUGUGGGAGAGAGAAAGAGAGGGGAGGAGUGUAAUUCUUGUUUUUUAUUCAGUAAUUUUGGGAAUUUUGUUAUGUUUUCAGUAACGUUUUUAAAGAUAUAGAAUAAUCAGAUUGUUUACUUUUCUUCUCUUUAUUUAAUUUGCCAUUUCCUAGAAAUUCAUUUAAAUUACUAAGAGAUUUAACUUCUUUCAAUUCACUUUGUAUUGUUAAGUUCAAUCCUAACUGUAGUUGCUUAUGAAAUGCUCCUUUAAUUAAAGAAUUUUGAAGUAUAUAUGCAAAUAAUUGCAUCGCAUGGAUUGCAAAAUGAAAAAUUAUUCUUAAUUGUGAAUUUUAAAGUCAGGAAAUUGUUCUGCUUUCUUUUACCAUUUAUUAUUUAAUUGAUGAUAUUAGUGAAGUUGCUAAUGGUUCCUUAUAUAUUGCAAAAAUAUUUAUUUCUGUAUGUGCGGCGAGAGUAAACUUGGUUUUUACAACAUUUGCGAAAUCAUUACUACUUUCAAUUUUGUCCUAGUCUCCCCCCCCCCCCCAUUUACUUCCAAAUUUCAUUACCAGUUCUCUAUGUAGAAAUUGUUAGAUUUUUUAAGAUUUGAAUCAAAAGAGUAAAGGAAGCAUUUGUAGUUAAUUGUCUAUGUUUAAUUUGAUAUAUAUCCUUCAGCGUCAGUAGAUCUAAUUUUAAUUAAUUUAUUUUUUAAAUUGAUGAAUUGUCAAAACAGUUUCCUUACAUCAAAUGCAGAAUUUCUGUGAAAGAAUUUGUAAAGAGUGAUGUAUCCAAUAUUUUUCAGUACACCUGUAUGUUUAUAGUAAUGAGCUCUGUUAUAUGGCAAUAAAUCUUCAGAAUGGUAGAAACAGCAAUUAAUAUGUAUUUCUGCCUUUAUUGCUCAAAAAUGUGUUACGAAUACCUGAAUUCGAAUCUAUGCAAAUAUUCAAGAAGCUUUUCUUGGUUUAAGUGAGAAUUUUCUUGUUGUAUAUUGAAUAUUUCUAUGCAAUGAACUAGCAAUUAUUAAGUGCAAUUCACGCUUUUAAACAUUACUCCACACAGUGUUUGAAUAUAUAUUUUGAUCACCAGGACAAUGUCCAAAACUUAUGGCAACUAUGCAAGUUUAUCAAAUUUAUUUAAUAUAUUAUUUUAAGAAACUCUUUAAAUAUUUUUUCCAGUUUAAUUUCAUGAAUGUGAAAGUGUUUGUAAUUUUAUAAAAAUUCUUCACUAUUUUUUAUUGUUUUGUAACUGGCACACUUUUAAAUGUGUAAAAAUCACAAAUUUAAAUCAUCAAAACUUUAAAUACCAUGUAAUAAUUUGUGUCGGUGCUUUUAAUUUGUUUAUUUUUACUGAUAAUUUCCUUUAUUUUUGUCUGUCAUAUUUUAUUUAUAUUGUUAUAGGAUCUUGUAUUUUAGCUAAACUUUAAAUAUUAGUCUAAAAUGCUUUUAUUGUUUUUAUGGUCUCUAGUCUCAUCCAAAUCGAAUUGGAGCUAGAGCCCAUAUCUUGUAAGUCUGUCGCCUACAAUUGUUAACAUAAGCACCUGUUUUACUUAUUGACAGCUAAUAACUGAAAAUGUGUUUUCUCUGAUUAACUUUGGAUGGUUUUUAAAUAGUUAUUAUUUCACUCUUUUUCAGAUGUUGAAAAUUAUUAUUGUUAAUUAACAUAUUUAGAUUUAACAUCUCAUAUAUUGUUUAUCGUUUUUUUUCUUUGCACAGAUAGAUUAAAAUGUACAAAAAUAUAAAGUAUUCUAAAUUUAGAGUUAUAUUCUAAAUAUGAUGUGUUACAUAUGUAUUUGUAAUGCUGCAGCUAGAAGUGAAGAAUAUAUUAUUUGUACAGUCUAUAUAUAUAUGACGUUGUUUGGAAAAACAAAUUAAAUUUAACAUAGUAUUUAUUAUGUGGCCAAUUCAUUCGCUUUAUGAUUUAUUCAUAGUUGAUACAUGUUUUUCUUACUUAGCAUCUCUCUUGUACUAUAUUAUAGAUUGCACUGUCUCCUUUUUAAAUCUGGUGAUGAAUUGCUCUUUGAUAUUUAGCUUUGACUGUGAUAUUUUGAACUAAGCACAUACAUACGGGAAAUAAAUCUUAGUAAAAUUCUAGCAAUUCAAUAUAUUCAUCCUCUAAAAGCAUAUUUAAAAUGUUUUUGUUUUUCUUUUUUAUUAUUAUUAUUAUUAUUAGAUCAUGCACCUUUUAUUUAUUUUUAACUGCACUUUUUGCCAAAAUUUAUUACAAUAAUAAGAAAUAUUACAACUAUAAUAUAAAUGUGUCAAACUAUAAUCAAUGAUUAAUUUUUUCUUACUAUAAAAUUAUAAUUUUCAAUUUUUAUAACACAUUUUCAUGUAAAAAUUAAAAUAUCUCUUUUAUGACCUGUGAAUGUAUAUAUAUUUUCUUGUAUAACGUCGCCCUUGAAGUCAUGUUAAAGAAUGCUUGAAUUACGUAACGAAAAGAAUUUUAUAUAUUAUCUCUGCCAUUUUUGAACUAUUAAGUUUAGAAUGUUACAAAUAAUGUAACUGCUCAAAUAUGGUUAAAGAAUGUUAUUAAACAAGCAUAGAAAGAAUGAUUAUGUGUACAUGAGAAUAUUUGAAAUAAUUUUCUCAACUGCAUCACAUUUUCAAUUGUAUGAUAAAAGAAAGUUUAAAAAGAUUGGACGUGAAUUAAAAGAUAUUUGUGUA